AUAAUAAGUCAUUCCAAUUCAAGCUCUUGAAGAGUUCAGACGUUUGAACAAUUUUGGGGUCGAUUACUUGAGACGGUGUUUUGCUCUUUUCAAUUUUUUCUUCUUUUAACUCGAACUGUGAAAUAAACUUUUUAAAGAAUGGAUAUUAUAGACACUUUAGACAAUUACAUUAAUUUCCAACAGCCAACAUUGUACUAUGCAAUGGCUAAUAUUAUGUUCAAUCCAAUAUUUUGGAAUGUUGCUGCAAGAGUAGAAUACCGUAGUCAUGCUUUAACGAAACUUGCUGGCAACAAUGCUCUAAGAGCAUGUGCCGCUUUUGCUGCAACGAUUUUCUCACUUGGCAUUUUACGGGACUAUUUAUACGUUCAGGCGAUUGAGCUUCAACCAAUCCUACCUCUUCUCGAAUCGAAUGUGUUCAAAGCGAUUGCCAUUGUAUUAUUUUUGAGUGGUAACGUUUUAGUAUUGUCAUCGAUGUGGGCGCUAGGCGUCACUGGAACGUACUUAGGUGAUUAUUUUGGCAUUUUAAAAGAUUCGCGAGUUACCGGCUUUCCUUUCAACAUCUGUGAAAAUCCAAUGUACACCGGUUGUACAUUUUCGUUUUUGGGUACAGCACUAUGGUACGCUAGUCCCAGUGGUUUACUAUUAACUCUGGUGGUUCAUGUCGUUUAUCGUGUUGCAUUACGUUUCGAAGGUCCCUUCACCGCAAUGAUAUACGCCACCAAGGACGAAUAGAAGCCCAGUGUGUCACAGUUGAUGUUCCUUCUUUACCAAAAAUGUAUCAAUAAUUCAUAACAACGAAUUAUAAUUUAUAGUUUUUUAAGCACAAAAAUAAAGUUUUACUGAAACUUU